AUGAUUUACGAGGAGAAGCUGAGGGAACAAACCGAGGAUCCCCUUUUACUCCGGGCCCCGCACUCUGGGAAGGGGCGCACCGGGAGAUGCUCCCAGCCGGCAGCCGGGCUGCGUGGGGGCUGGGCCGGAAGGUCCCUGCGCUGGGGCCUCCCCCGGCUGCUGGAGCCGGCGGCGCAGGCGCGGGGCCCUUGGAGGGCGGGAAGGGGCUGGAGCCGGUUCCGCAGCGCCCAGCGAGCGGGGCGGGGCCUUCCCGGGCCAGUCCGGCGGGAAGCGACCCAGGGGAGGCAGCAGGAGCAGCAGCCGCGGGGCGGGAAGUCGCUGCCCGGGCGGAGGAAGCGGCCGGGGCCGGAGCCGGAGCCGAGCCCGGCGAUGGCUGCAGCGGGGCCGGCGCAGCAGCUCCAGGUGGCGUUUGAGGACGUCGCUUUGUAUUUCACCUGGGAGGAGUGGGAGCUCCUAUCCCAGCCAGAGAAGCAGCUGUACCGGGACCAGAUGCUGAGGAAUUACCAGGCCUUUGUUUCCUUGGGCUAUUCAGGUUCCACACCGGAUUUAAUCCACCGGAUCGAGCUAGGGGAGGCAGAGCUCUGGAUCUGGGAUGCUGAGGCCUCCAGGGUAAACUCUGGGCCUGAGAGCCCCCCCUCAGGGCACGGGAACCCAGGAGGAAUAAGGGCAUGGGCUGAAUGUGGGGAGAGUGUGGCAGGAAAGAUGUUUCCCACAUCCCACAGAGGGAUCCAUGCACAGGACUCAGUCCAUCCCCGGGGUAAACUCAGCCAGAGACCGGAUCUGGCUACACACCAGAGACUCCCCAUGGGCCGGCGUCCCCACCGCUGCAUCGACUGCGGCAAGGGGUUCAGCAACCCCUCCGCGCUGACCCAGCACCAACACAUGCAUAUUGGGGAGAGGCCGUACCGCUGUGCUGCCUGUGGCAGGAGCUUCAGACAGUCCUCAGUCCUGAGAAUACACCAGCUUACGCACACCAGGGAGCGGCCACACCACUGCUCUGAUUGUGGCAAAAGCUUUGCACAGAGCUCAAGCCUCAGUAGACACCAGCUCUCACACACCGGGGAGCAGCCGCAUCGCUGUGCUGACUGUGGCAAGGGCUUUGCACAGCUCGCACAACUGAGAGUCCAUCAGCGCACGCACACCGGGGAGAGGCCACACUGCUGUGCUGACUGUGGCAAGGGUUUUGCACAGCUCGCACACCUGAAAAGACACCAGCGCACACACACCGGGGAGCAGCCGCAUCGCUGUGCUGACUGUGGCAAGGGCUUUGCACAGCUCGCACACCUGAGAGUCCAUCAGCGCACACACACCGGGGAGAGGCCACACUGCUGUGCUGACUGUGGCAAGGGUUUUGCACAGCUCACACACCUGAAAAGACACCAGCGCGCACACACCGGGGAGCAGCCACAUCGCUGUGCUGACUGUGGCAAGGGCUUUGCACAGCUCGCACAACUGAGAGUCCAUCAGCGCACGCACACCGGGGAGAGGCCACACCGCUGUGCUGACUGUGGCAAGGGUUUUGCACAGCUCGCACACCUGAAAAGACACCAGCGCACACACACCGGGGAGCAGCCGCAUCGCUGUGCUGACUGUGGCAAGGGCUUUGCACAGCUCGCACACCUGAGAGUCCAUCAGCGCACACACACCGGGGAGAGGCCACACCGCUGUGCUGACUGUGGCAAGAGCUUUGGACAGAGCUCAGUCCUGAAAACACACCAGCGCACGCACACCGGGGAGCGGCCACACCGCUGUGCUGACUGUGGCAAGGGCUUUGCACAGCUCGCACACCUGAGAGUCCAUCAGCGCACGCACACCGGGGAGCGGCCGCAUCACUGUGCUGACUGUGGGAAGAGCUUUGCACGCAGCUCAAUCCUGAGAAGACACCAGCUCACACACACUGGGGAGCGGCCGUACAGCUGUGCUGACUGCGGCAAGUGCUUUAUACAGAGCUCGAUCCUGAGAGUCCAUCAGCGCACGCACACCGGGGAGCGGCCGCACCGCUGUGCUGACUGCGGCAAGUGCUUUAUACAACUCUCACACCUGAGAGUCCAUCAGCGUACGCACACCGUGGAGGGGCCGCACCGCUGUGCUGACUGUGGCAAGCGCUUUACUAGGUUGGCCAACCUCAUCCAGCACCAAAUCACGCACACCAGUGCCCCUCUGCCAACGCCAGGGCCUAAGGGGCUUCUGGCAGCCAGUGGGCCUGACACAGCACCAGCACAUGUGGACCAGGGAGUGGUCCUGUUUCCAUGAUGCCUGACAGAGAGACUGUGUGGGGCAGGGAAGGGGAGUUGGCUGAGUAAUGUGGGGAAGAGCAAACAGCUGUGGGAAUUUAGAGCAGAUGGUCACAGCCUACUCCAUUUGGGAGCACCCCCACCCCUUGUAGGUGGGAUCCAGCCAGGCCUUUCUGUCCCACACUCACGCCUCUGGCUGGGAUGCAGCCAGGACACCCCCAUCCCCCUCUAGGUGGGACCCAACCGGGAACUUCCCCACACACCUACCUCAGUUCCAGCCAGCGGGUGACUCCUUGGUAACAUCUAGAGGUGGGAUUUGCAGUCCUGUCUCAGCAUGGAUUGGGCUGAGGGCAGGACAGCCUGGUGCAUGUGAUUGAAAGACGAUGCAGGAACCGCUCAUUCCAUAUUUUUAAAUACAAAUGUGAUGAAGAACUAUGUACUUAAUGUGUUAUAAAGGUCUGUCUAACCAGGGUGGAUUUGAUUUAAAUCAAUUUGAUUUAAAUCAUGAUUAAAUCACUAGUCGGGAAGAAGUGAUUUAUGUAGAAAUCCAUGAUUAAAAGUGCAUUCUUGUUGGUUGUUAUAACCUUAAUACAUAGUCUUCACAACUAAGAGAUAGAUGUAGGUUUCAUUUUUAGAAGGUUACACCCUACACAUUUUUAAGUAAUUUAUUUUGAAAACUUUUCAGAUUAGUUUUACAGCUAUAUCAGAAAAUGAAUGAUUGGUUAUUUCAUUUACCAAAGGUAAUUGAAGCAGAUAUUUAUG